AAUAGCGCGGGGAAAAUGUAAACAAACAGAUUCGAACGACAAUGCGAAGGACUUUAUGUCAACAGUAACGUCAUUUUGGAAGCCUUGGGAAGAAACUUUGGUGAUUUCUGAUUCUAAUAAAUCUCUUAUAUCUAGCUGCAACUGAUGACAUGUGGCAUUUAUGCCGUUGAGGAAAAGCAUCAUAGAUAACCGCGUCCUUGGCUUAGAUUACGCUAACAUCAGGUAGUCAUGGCUGCAGAUAUGUCUCUUCCUUGGCCAGCCAACAUUCCAGAGCUUAAGAGGUUGGAUGAGCUUCUUCGAUGUGGAAUCUGUUACGACUUCAUGUCUACAUCGAUGGUUACAGCUUGCUCCCAUAACUACUGUUCCCUGUGUAUUCGUCAGUACCUAGACUACAAAACACAAUGUCCUGCUUGCUUCAGUGAAACUACUAGUCAGCAACUCCGCAACAACAGACUUCUUGAUGAAAUUCUUGGACUUUUUCCAAAUUUAAGGGAUAAGGUUGCCAAGCUGUGCCAGACCUCCAAGGGAAAUAGCAUUACCAGCUAUUUAGAAAGCAAGGAGUUAGAAAACCAUGAACCAGCUGAUAAGGAUAUUAAUACCACAAGUACUUCAUCAAAAUGUCAAGAAGAUUCAUCUGGUUCACCUAAAACAUCAGUGAAAGAAUUAAUUUCAUCACCAAGGAUUGGUAAAACUCUUAUGGAUACCCCUAAAAGAAACUUAGGAAAGUCUCUAUUAUCAAGUAGCAACAGUACACACUUGAGAGGAAGCCAGGCAGAACCAUCCACUUCAGGUUUCUCUAGCACAAGUAGUACCCCUAAAUGUGCUUCUGGACCAUCUGCUAGUAUUUUUAAUUCCCGGUUAUCAUCUCCAGCAUCAUCAGCACAGAGUACACGCCAGACUGCCUCUGGGCACUUUUCCAUUCGUAAUGAUAUUUCAAUAGUGAGUGGAGGGCAGGAUGAAACCAGAGUCAGUUGCCCAGUGUGUUGUGUAGAAGUGCCAGAAAGAAACAUAAAUCUACACUUGGAUGCUUGUCUGAAACGGAUGGAGACAGGAAAUGAGGAAGAAAUCCCCGUCAUCUACAGUCCCAAGCGAAAGCCAUUGCCUAAACUUGUGUAUUCUUUGCUGUCAGAAAAGCAACUGAGACAGAAGUUGAAGGAUAUAGGCCUCUCUGUGCAAGGAGACAAGCCAUUACUUGUUAACAGACAUCGCAGGUACACAACUCUCUAUAAUGCUGAGUGUGAUACUGCUGAGCCUCGCCCUGUAUCUCAGCUGAUACGGCAAAUAGAACGGGAGGAACGGGAUGAAGCAAAGGUGGCAAAUUCUCGCAGUAUUUUUACUUAUGAUAGAAAAACAGCACCAGAGAUCAUCGAGAAAGAACAAAAUGAUUAUUUAAAAAAAAAUGAAGACCAUUUUGCCAAGUUAAUUGCUGAGGUCAAGAAGAGAAGAGCGAAUGCAAAGAGAGCAAAGGAGUCAAAGAAGGAGCAAUCAGAGGAAGUGACAAUGAAACCUGGAGAAGGAAAUAUGGCUCUUAAUGCAGAAGAAAGCAGGUUGCUUCCUAAAAGCAUGAGUGAGGAUGAUGAGCUCAAAAGUAGAAAUAAUGGAACUGAGAGAGAAAAGCAUACAGGCAAAAACAAGAAGUUAUUUUCUCUGUUUAACUCCAACACAUUAACAGAUGGUGUGAUAACUAAUGAUGAAGUUCUUGGUGAAGAAGAGAAAUCUAAAGAAAAUUGUGUAAAUGAUAGUACGGUUUCUUGUGGUGAAAUUCUUGAAAAUAAUAAUGAUAAAGUCAAACAUGCCUUGGUAAAUUCAGUAGAACCUCCUCUGACAGCUAGCACUGUGAAUGCACAAAAUGAUGAUAAAGAUGAAUUUUCAACAGUAAAAAAUAUGAUAGAAGAAUCCUGUGAAAACAGUGUGGUAGAACCCAGUCCAGACUUUUUCUCAGGAAGUCCAGCUGGUUCACAAUCAAGUUGCGGUAGCUUUAGUUUGCUCCAAGAUUGUGAUCCUCUCACCAUACAAAACCCUGAGCUUCCAGGAGAUAAUUUGGAAGAAAAUGAUGAUGACAUUAUCCCAGGCCAUCAACCUGAAAGCUGUUCAGAUGACCAGGAAUGUGGGAAGACCCCGAGCCCACAGUUAGGAAGAAGAUCUACCAGAAGCAACAAGACAGUGGGUGCACUCCCUGUGCCAGCCUUGCAGGAGUUGGGCCCAGAGACACAGGCAUUUUUGGAGGACUCUCAGGGGGACCCAGAUUACUUACCAUCUCAACUACUAGAUGCUGUU